AAACAGUUAAGAUGAUAACGAUGGAAUACUGCUUUUUGUGAAUUUUUGUCGUCGAUCUUGUUACUAUGGAUUUCACUAACCGUUGUCGUGGAUGUUUAUCAAAUGACGAAGAAACCCUACGGUCAUUAGAGGAUUCAGCUACUAUCCAACUGUUUGAGGAAUGCAUUGGAUUAAAGAUGUGCAUACGACCGGGUUUCCCAAACAACAUCUGCGGUACUUGCUACGGGAAGUGUAUGUCCUGGUACAAAUUCCGCCAGCAGUGCUGGUCAACAAACGAUUUGUUGAACUUUAAGCUCCAUCCAAAUGAUGAACAAGCCGAAGAAAUCCAGUCAAAUGAAUCCAUCGAUGAAACAAAUAGAAAACCAAUAAUUUCUAUUGCAACUGUUAACCAGGAAUCUGUUUUCGACGGUCAGGAAUACCAAAUUAUUCAGACUGAGCCUGAAUAUAGAAAACCCGAUGAUAGCGAAAGCGAAGAGAAGCCACAUUUGCUAGAGCAGGAAGUGGAAAUUGAAGAACUAGUUGAGGAGUGUGACUUCAGGGAUGAUGAUGCUGGUGAGGAAUCUAUGGAAGAAUAUUAUUUGUCGGAGGAGGCUGAUGACGUUGAAGAGAAUAACGAUCCAGAGAUAGUACUAAAAAAACGAGAUCUAGAGGAUGGCGCUUCGGAAUCACUAACAAAUGAGAGUGCGAAGAGCAAAGAUUUUACAUGUGAUCAGUGUAAGAUGCGCUUCCGAAGUACUGAGCGCUAUAAGGCUCAUUUACGUCACCACAAAGGUCUCAAACCGGAAGUUUGCAAGGUCUGUAGUAGCGAGUUCAACAGUUCCAGAGCUUUGCGGCGACACAUGCACAAGCAUACGGAUGGUAAAAAAUACCAAUGCAAAGAUUGUGGGAAAAGUUACAAAUAUGCUACCUCUUUAACUCUUCAUCGCAAAUGUCACCAAGACGUGCAAAAAUUCGUUUGUGACCUCUGUGGAAAAUCUUUCAUAAGAGCCCACGGAUUAAAGAGUCACAUGCUGUCUCAUUCAACGGACACCCCGUUUGAGUGUGAUCAGUGUCAGAGAAGAUUCAAAAAUGAAGCUAUGCUUAGGAAUCAUGUUUUUCGGACACAUGAAGGAACCAAAAAUUUCCACUGUUCCGAUUGCCAAAAAUCCUUCGCUACCGGAGCAGAACUCAGAAUCCAUACGAGAAGUCAUACAAAUCAAAAACCGUUCAAAUGCUCGCUUUGUGAUAAACGAUACAAAACAGCGAGCCACCUUUCGGUUCAUUUCCGGACAGCUCACACCUCGGAAAGACCAUAUGCGUGUGAUUUGUGCUCGCAAACUUUUGCUCACAGUAAAGUGCUGAAACAUCAUCGGUUUACACACACAGGAGAGCGCCCUUGGAGCUGCAACCUUUGUCAACGGACUUUUCGACAAAAGAGUACUCUCCAGGGGCACCUGAAAACGCACGGCAAAAAGAUAGCAGCGCCAAUCAAAUCACAUACUGGAACAGGGGUAGUUCAGCUACCGGAGAUCUUGACAAAAGUGGAUGAUUAAUAGCUUAUGUGCCAGCCGGAUAGCCUAAACAGAUGUAUCUUGAAGAUUUCUACAAAUUUAAAACAAUCACGUUUACAAUUGUGUAACAAUCUUUACAAGAAAGUCAUCAUAUGAAUAGGAAAAUAUAUAUCAAAUAGAACUUU